AUGGCCGACUACGGCCACGACCCCACAGAGGUCGCAGUCCCCUACCAGGCUUUCAAAGAUGCAGGAUUCCACGUAAACUUUGCGACCGAAAAAGGCAACCCGCCCCGCUGCGAUAGCCGGAUGCUCGAGGGCAUCUCCCAAAAAUUCCUGGGUGCUGCAGCUUCCGUCUUGAAGAUCUACGAUGCUAUGACCAGGUCCCUGGAAAUGCAGAACCCGCUGUCCUGGUCCGACCCCGGCUUCACCCUUAGCGACUUCGACGUCGUGCACAUACCCGGGGGCCAUGACAAGGAAGUCAGGCAGCUCCUGGACUCGGCCUCUGCCCAGAAACUCCUUGCCGACUACUUCCCCAAGACCAAGAAGCCCGGCCGCAAGAUCGUCUCCUCCAUCUGCCACGGCCCGCUGCUGCUCUGCAACACCAAGGGCGAAGACGGCAACAGCGUCCUCUACCAUUGCAACACGACCGCCCUCCCCGCCUUCUUCGAGGCGUCGGCCUAUCACGGUACCAGGCUGUUUCUGGGCGAGUACUACAAAACGUACGGUGCCGGCUCGGAAAACGUGGAGACCCAGAUGCGCAAGGCACUCAAGGAUCCCAGCCAAUUCAAGAGCAGUUGGAUGCCCAACAAACCUUUCGUCGUAGAAGACACCGAGUACAAUUACGUCAGCGCCCGGUUCCCCCCCGACGCGGCAAAGAUGGCUGAGAUGACAGUCAACCUGGCCCACCUGGUCCAAAGCUUCAAGGAUGAUGAGUCAGUUGGCGCAUAG